CUUCAUCAUCAUUACGCGUCCCAUUUGAUCUCACAGAAACCCUAAUUCCUAAAAUCUCAAUCUCUGUAUGUAAAUGCAUCUGAAGAAUUCAACAGUAGCAGAACGGCGAUUCAUCGGCAAAGAAUCCGCCGCGGCUUAUCCACCUUCCUCCGAUCUCAAUCCCACCCCCAAAAUCAAAAUCAAGCAGGUCCCCGAAACUCAAUCGCAAGGCCAGAGAAGCAGCCACCACCACCAUAUCGUAAUCCCAGAUUCGUCGAACGACGACGACGAUCUCUCCCGCCGCCGCGGCCGUCGCGGAGCGUCCGCGUCGUAUCUUUUCACGUUUCUAACUUCGUCGAAUCAGAAGCUUCUCCGUCAAGUGAUACGAGUUCGAUUGAUAUGUUUCCAUCUCCGAUUCUUACUCCUCCUCUCUGUGCCUCCUCUCUACAUCUUCUUCCUCUUGAUCAGUUUCCGAGUCCUCCUCCUCUUCCUCUUCUCAAUCAUCGCCUUCUCGUUCAUCCUCUCGAUCUCUCUCAAGUUCGCACUCCCUCACUUACCUUCGAUUCGUCUCUUCAUCGCUAGACUCCUCUCCCUCAGCUCCACAAGAGUCUCUUCUUCCUCUUCGUCGUCAUCAUCCUCCUCGUCGCAGGUUGUUUGGUCUAUCGGGUCAAAGCCUGAGAAGAAGACGAACUCCGGGUCUUGGGUUCAGAAGUACAGCUCUGGUGAUGUGUAUGAAGGGGAGUUUCUUAAAGGGAAGUGUUCAGGGAGUGGGGUUUAUUAUUAUUCGAUGAAGGGGAAGUAUGAAGGUGAUUGGGUUGAUGGGAAGUAUGAUGGGUAUGGAGUGGAGACGUGGGCGAAAGGGAGUAGGUAUAGAGGUCAGUAUAGGCAAGGGAUGAGGCAUGGGACUGGGAUAUAUAGGUUUUAUACUGGGGAUGUGUAUGCUGGUGAGUGGUCUAAUGGGCAGAGCCAUGGGUGUGGUGUGUAUACUUCUGAGGAUGGGAGUAGGUUUGUUGGGGAGUUUAAGUGGGGUGUUAAACAUGGUCUUGGUCAUUACCAUUUCAGAAACGGUGAUACAUAUGCUGGAGAGUACUUUGCGGAUAGGAUGCAUGGUUUUGGAGUGUAUCUAUUUGGAAACGGACAUCGUUACGAAGGAGCCUGGCAUGAGGGGAGAAGGCAAGGGCUUGGUAUGUACACAUUCAGGAACGGUGAGACACAGGCAGGGCAUUGGGAAAACGGUGUUCUCAGCUGUCCUACCGAGCAGACUACCCGUCCUGGUUCAUCGUUUUCAAUCAGUCACUCGAAGGUUCUAGACACUGUCCAGCAAGCAAGGAAAGCAGCGGAGAAGGCACGUGAAGUUGUGAAAGUGGAAGAGAGAGUGAACAGAGCAGUGAUGGUCGCAAACCGAGCAGCAAAUGCUGCUCGAGUUGCUGCUACAAAGGCUGUUCAAACCCAAACAUAUCACAGUAGUAAUGGCGGCGAUUAUCCUGUGUGAGUGGUUCCUGUGGCAAAACUUUUGACAUAGUCGCAACCAUAAAACCUCACCUCGAACCUCUUGGAUGACAACACGAGAUAGAAAGAUAGAGAGAGAGAGACGUCUAUAGAAAGACACUCAAAAUUUGCAUCUACGUUGAGAUUUUCGUGAAGGUGAACCCACUUGGAACCAAAUGUCAGAUCUCUCAUAAGUAAAUAAAUAACAGAUCUGGCUACGGAGCAAGAUAUACAGGUUUUCCUCCCACUUCUUUUAAACAUGUUUUAUAAGCAGGAUGGUUUUAUAAACUGCACAUAGAGGUUGGUUGUUGAAGAGUAAGCAAUGUGUGGUGUUAACAAUAGAUCGUUGUAACAAAGCGGAACUCAUGUAAGAGAAGCAACAAAACAUUGUCUUCUUGUUACAACUUGUGAAAAUAACAUCUCGUUCCAAUUUUACUAAGUAAUAGUCUACUGUUUAAAUAUUGUAUUUUAUCACUGUAUUGUGUAACAUGGGCGUCGUAAAAUAUUGUGACCCGUAAACAUUUUAGUAAUAGUUUAUAAAGUUUUUUUUUGGCUAAAUUUGGUGCAAAGAUAUAUACACUAAAUAAUUU